GCGGAGGCAGGACAGUCAUGGCGGCCGUCAUGAGACUUGUCAACAGAAGCACUUUAGGCUCAGCUAUGGGUCAGCAGUACCUGGCUUUUAGCUCCGCAACAAAGGCUAGCGUAAAAGCAGGUGUAGCUCUUCCAGAAAAGGUGAAAAUAGUGGAGGUGGGACCCAGAGAUGGUCUUCAGAAUGAGAAGACUAUCGUUCCUACAGAAACCAAAAUUCAUUUGAUUGACUUGCUGUCAGAGUCAGGGCUGCGAGUCAUUGAGGCCACCAGCUUUGUGUCACCAAAAUGGGUUCCACAGAUGGCAGACCAGAAAGAGGUGAUGAAGGGGAUUUGUAAGAAACCUGGAGUGUCUUACCCGGUCCUCACCCCCAACCUCAAGGGUUUCCAGGCUGCUGUGAAAGCAGGAGCUUCAGAGGUGGCCAUAUUUGGCGCCGCGUCCGAGCUGUUCAGUAAGAAGAAUAUAAACUGCUCAGUGGACGAGAGCUUACAGCGCUUUGAUGAGGUUGUGAAAGCAGCUAAAGAGGCCGGUGUGCCAGUUAGAGGUUACGUGUCAUGUGUUCUUGGAUGUCCGUAUGAAGGGAACGUGGCACCUGAAAAAGUUGCACAUGUAGCUAAGCGUUUAUACUCCAUGGGCUGCUAUGAGAUUUCCCUAGGUGACACCAUUGGAGUGGGGACUCCAGGUAGCAUGAGUGAAAUGCUGGAGGCUGUGAGCAGAGAGGUGCCAGUCGAUGCCCUGGCAGUGCACUGCCAUGACACCUACGGCCAGGCCCUCGCUAAUAUCCUUGUAGCCUUGCAGAUGGGUAUCAGUGUGGUAGACUCAUCAAUAGCAGGACUUGGUGGCUGUCCCUAUGCCCAGGGGGCCUCUGGGAAUGUUGCUACUGAAGAUGUAGUCUAUAUGCUUCAUGGACUUGGGAUUCAAACAGGAGUGGACCUCUCCAAACUGAUGGAUGCUGGAGCUUUCAUCUGUCGGACCCUCAACAGGAAAUCAAGCUCCAAGGUGGCACAGGCCACCUGCAAACUGUAGGCAGAAGCCAAAACUUUCCCCGACUGUGUACUUCUUCAUAACCACAUAUACCUUCCUCCCAUCUUCAUUUUAGUUUGAUUUCUUGUCUAAUAGUAUGAAAAUAUUACUUCAGUUGAUUGGAUGAUCCCGAUGUUUGCCUGGUUAUACAAUCACUGUAUGAUAGCACAACUGGAAUAGUGCCUUAUGUAAAGUCAGUCUCAUCAUGCUGAUCCUUUCUGUCAAAAAUCAUGCCUUUUCUUUCCUUUGAAUGGUGUACUUACAUUACUUUCUGGGCAGUGGGCAAGUCAAAGUGAAGCAAAUAAUACAAAUCUAAUGGUAAAAAUUUCUUGGGAAGGAUGGAUAAACCCACUUUUGAUGUCAGUAAAGACAGAAGUGCUGUUUUGAUUUUGAUCAUCCUCUGUAUGCAGUGAUCACUACCUUGAAACGAUCUGUGGAAACCAUCGGUCCUUAUGAUCUUGGGCAUUGUGCUGGCUUGUGAAAGAAAUUAUUAAUGUGACUUUAUUUUUUUUAAUUUUUCACAUGUAGAAUUUCUAGUUUUAUGUUUUAAGUAUUUAUUUUAAACUGUCUUCACAUUCAAAAUGUACAUAUCAAACUGGAUUGUGAAUUUAAAAAAUAAACACUAUUUCAUCAGUAAAA